AGUAGAAGUAUUAGUGGUAGUGAUGGUGGUUGUAUUAGUUACGAAAAAUUGUACUUCUACCUUUUAAGACGGUUAAUUGGUACAAACAGAGUUAUCUAUCCUUAUCUUGUCAUAUAUAUAUAUAAUUCUGUUGUUGUACUAAUUGCGGUUUACCAUUGAUAAAACACCCCGAGGUUCUUUUCUACGUCAUCAUAUCUUAUUAUUUCGUUGACACACAGUUAUUAUUUAUUUAACUGUCACACGAGGAAGACGAGUCCAAUUUUUUUCACUGACUGCUAUGUAAAGGUGCUCGUACACUGCCGAUGAGAUACAAUAAUAUUCUAAAAAUCCUCAUCAUCAAACUAUGACAGACAGUGAAAAAGAACCCCUCAUCCAAUCUCCUCCAAGAAGAGAACGUUUGGCUUCAGAAAGGAGCAUCCAUUCUGAACUGAGUGUUCACAGUAUACUUUCAUCUCCUGACCCGACAGGCUGCAAAAUAUGUCCCACUUUCAUCACAGACCUUGGAUACAAAGAGAAACUAACAAUUCUCUGUAUGUGUUUAAUUACUUUUGUACAAUGCCUCUGUUUCUCUGUUCUGGCCCCUUUUUUCCCCAAAGAAGCUGAGGAGAAAGGAUUGAAUUCUUCAGAAACCGGGAUGAUUUUUGGUGUUUUUGAAUUGAUGAUCUUCUUAACAGCACCAAUCUUUGGAGCAUACUUAACCCAAUUUGGGAUUCUGUUCACAUACAUAUCUGGUUGUCUUGUGGCUGGUUCCUGUUCAAUUAUAUUUGGAGUGUUAAAAUGGUGCCCUCCGGGUAACGUCUUCUUGACAAUGUGCUUUUUAACAAGGGGUGUAGAAUCUUUAGCUGUGUCUGCACACCUAACAGCAAGCACGGCUGUCAUUGGAUACAUUUUUAAAGACCGUGCUUCUUUAGCAAUUGGUUUUAUAGAAAUUUUCAGUGGCUUUGGUAUGAUGGCUGGACCUCCAAUCGGUGGUGUACUCUAUGAGCUUGGAGGUUUUGGUUUACCAUUUUGGACACUUGGUGGCAUAACAGUCGCACUGGCCUUCAUUUCUUGUUUGUUGAUGCCAGCAAUCACAGACGACAGCGAACAGAACAACCGGUCGAAGCUUGCCAUGUUGAAAAGCCCUUAUAUUCUGUGUGUUUCUUUCGUUAUUGUUUGUUCUGCCUAUAUCAUCACCUUCUUGGACCCGACCCUUUCACUUCACCUGGAAAAUAAGUACCAUGUAGGUACCUUGUAUGUUGGAUUAAUCUUCCUGGCAGCACCUGCGACUUACACCUUCUCUGCUCCUUUAAUCGGAUGGAUAAAUGACACCUGCAAACAGACGAACAUUAUUAUUGUUUUGGGGACAUUCUUAUUGGCCCUCUGCAACCUAUUUAUUGGGCCAGCACCAUUCUUAAAUAUCCCAUAGUGAGUAUGAUUUCAUUGUCAUCACUGUCA